GAUGUCCGUCUGCUUUCCUCAUUCCAAGUAUUCUUGCCCCUCUCCUGCUGACGCGAUCCGCCGUCCGUCGAUUCUUCUCCUUUCACGAAGUCACGAUUACUUUCGGCCGUGAGACCACAUCAGACGGGGGCGCAGUGUUCCACAUUCCGACGUGGAGAAUGGUGACUGAUUAAUAAAAGCCCGUUUGGAUACAACGCCUCUGUUUUCUUCGCCAAGGGACGUACAGUGUUUUUCAAGUUUGCCACCCAGGAUACGAGGAUGUUUCUUCCGCCUUGGCGUUUCAGUCUUUAAUGAUGAACUUUAAAAUCCAACGGGACAGAUUCUGUGACUCGGACUAUUCGAGUGUUGCCCAAAUCCGACUUUUCAAAAGUGCCUACCGUGAUGUCUAAAUUCCUUCUCUGAACCGGUGGCUUUUCGUCAGUCAAACAGUGCCGCACUGAGUGUUAACGCGCAGCUGAAGAAAGACAAUUGUUUAUUUCUCGGAUAGGAAACAAACGAAGGACAACAAAAAGAGAAUAUCGAGUGAUUUCAGGGAGGAGGGUCCUGAAUGGAGAAAUCAGUCGUUAACAGGCAAAUCGGCGAUUCGAAAAUUUUUCAACACCUCGCCUCCCACGACUACCCCAAGUGACAAUGAUAGUUUCCAACGUCUUGGAUGGAUUCCUACAUUUUCUUUUUACCCGGUUUCUCGGUCCCUUUUGAAUGAGUCUCCAGUCGAUUACUAACCGAGGAAGAGCUAUGGUACACCGGGGCGGGUUUUCUCUUCUAUUACUUUGCCUUUUUUCCAUUGCACGGAGCCUCGCCAAAAAUCAAGGUGAGUCAACUGCCUAUGCUUCUUGGAUUAAAGAACAGAAAGAACAACCGAGAUACGACACUGCAUACGCUUGUGAGGGAAAGACUCUAAGAAUCGACUGCAAGGAUGGCGAAUUGAUCAAUUUAAUUCGAGCCAACUAUGGCAGGUUUUCAAUAACCAUUUGCAAUGACCACGGUAACACCGAGUGGAGUGUUAACUGUAUGUCUCCAAAAUCACUGCGAGUCCUCCACGCAAGAUGUAGUCAACAACAGAACUGUAGUAUACAGGCUAGUACAUCACUUUUUGGUGAGCCUUGUGCUGGAACACUUAAGUACUUAGAAGCACAUUACCAGUGCAUACCACCCACGUUAACAACCACAACAAUUCGACCUAGUCCACCUUGGCUUAUUACUUCCCAACCCAGUGUAUGGAGCACUGCAAAGGCUGUGACCCUUCGACCACCUGUGCCCACACCUCCACCACCUACAUCAAAUCUACCUUCUACAUCGUCUACGACUAGUAGUGUGAGUACUACAAAUUCCACGACGACAGAAGCGAAUGUGUUGUCCGGUUCUACGACCACGUUGAGUACAACUGUUUCAACAACUUCAAAACCUUUAUUUCAAUCCGAAUUUCAAGAGAAUCCAAGCUCUACGACACUAGCCCAUCCCACUACGACAACUUUUGUACCGUCUAGCCCAGUGUCUUUACAUUCGACAGGUGGGACAAUUGAUGAAUCCCAAAUGUGUGUUCCUGAAUUGGCAAGGGGAUUGAAGUGGAAUUGGACAAAAGUAGGAGAUGCAGAAGUGCAGCCUUGCCCUGGAGGUGCAUCUGGAUUAGCAAAAUGGAAAUGCGUCCAGGGACCUCCACCAAGACGACUGUUUCCUACUCCAGAUUUAAGCGAAUGUCGUUCUGUAUGGCUCACUAGCCUUGAUACUAGGAUAACAGAAGGAGAUUCAAUAAUUAAUAUUGCUAAUGAUCUAUCACAGGUUACCGACAGUAAAACUUUAUAUGGAGGAGACAUGAUGACUACUACAUUAAUUAUGAGAAGGAUGGCACAAAAGAUGGCCAAUGACAUUAGCACCUUCCCAGACCCUCGUCAGAGAGAAGCAAUAGUGACAGAAUUGUUGCUCGGAGUAGUUAAAACUGGGAGUAAUCUUCUUGACCCGGCCCAGCUUCCGUCUUGGCGGGAUUUGACAUACAAAGACCAAAUGAGUGUGGCGACGUCGCUCAUAUUUGGCAUAGAAGAAAAUUCUUUUUUGUUGGCUGACACAGUUAUUCGAGAGAAGACAGUGAAACAUAAAGAAAAAAAUAUUUUUUUGGCUGUGAAAGUUAUUGAAAUUCCCAAUGUUAUAACUGAAAAUUUUAAUAGUAGUAAUUUUAAUGAAGGAGAAAGUGGUGGUGAUGGAGGCGAAAAUUGGUUACGCCUUGAAAAAAGAGCUUUAUUGGAUAACACAGACAGUGAUUUGCUUCGUUUAGUGUAUGUCGCAUUCGAUCGCUUAGAGGAAAUAUUACAACCACUACCAAUGGCCAACGUAUCACGAAUAGUAAAUAGCAAAGUGAUAUCGGCGUCCUUGGGUAAAGGCAGGCACAUACAAUUGUCUCAACCAGUAACAAUUUGCUUGAAACAUAUUCGUACAGAAAAUGUUACUAACCCUACAUGUGUGUUUUGGGAUUACCUGAUGAGUUCGUGGUCUGAAGAAGGAUGUCAGGUCCAAUUUACAAAUUUGACCCACACAAUAUGCAUUUGUGACCACUUGACAAAUUUUGCCAUAUUAAUGGACAUCCAAGCAACCUACUUACCACCCAUGCAUCAAAUGGCACUUCAAAUAAUAACAUAUGUCGGGUGUAUAAUAUCUAUUAUAUGCCUUGUUCUAUCAAUUAUCACUUUUCAGCUAUUCAGAGGAUUAAAGUCUGAUCGGACAACAAUCCAUAAAAAUCUCUGCAUUUGCUUGCUCAUAGCUGAAGUCCUAUUUGUAGCUGGAGUUGGUAAAACCGACCAAGCUAUUUUGUGCGGCAUAAUAGCUGGUCUUUUACACUUCUUCUUCUUGUGUGCAUUUGCAUGGAUGUUUCUAGAAGGUUUCCAGUUGUAUGUUAUGUUAAUAGAAGUCUUUGAGGCAGAAAAAUCCCGUUUGCGUUGGUAUUAUUUAUUUGCCUAUGGGGCUCCAUUAGUAGUCGUAAUUGUUUCUUGCCUUAUCGACCCAUUCAGUUAUGGAACUGAUCGAUAUUGUUGGUUACGUGCAGACAACUUCUUUAUCUUCAGUUUUGUUGGACCUGUAAUUGCUGUGAUACUUGCUAAUCUAGUCUUUUUAACCAUGGCCAUUUACAUGAUGUGCCGACAUUCAAAUGCAUCUAUUGCCAUGAAGAGCAAAGAGCAUUCAAGACUGGCCAGUGCCAGGGCUUGGCUAAGAGGAGCCAUAAUUCUCGUCUUCCUACUGGGGCUUACAUGGUUGUUUGGCCUCCUUUAUUUAAAUGAAGAAUCAGUGGUCAUGGCCUAUGUUUUUACUUGUUUAAAUAGUACACAAGGCCUGUUCAUAUUUGUAUUCCACUGCAUCCAAAAUGAUAAGGUUCAGAAGGAGUACAGAAAAUUCUUUAGAAGACAUGUUUGGCUUUCUAAGUGCUUAGGGUGCCAAGAAAGCGGAGGAGGUGUUAGUGGCAGCGGUGGGGAGAGCAAAGAACGGCGAACAAGCCUCUAUACAGGAUCUCACGGAAAUGCUCAGAGUACUGAAAGUACAUCAGCGUCUUCAACUGCAGCAGUGACAGGUCCUGCACCUCCACAUGGAACCAGCCAUUGUGGGCCGAUGAGUGGUUGGCCAAGAGGUGUAACAAAGGAAAAUGAAGUCGAAGUGUCCAUUGCCACUUUACCUUAUGUUACUAGACCUACUUCCCGACCCACAGGAUUCCUACCUCUUAACAUUCCAAAAUCUGCUACUACAUGGGGUCCACUGCAUAAGCCUUUCAUUUGGAAGAACAUUUCUUUUAAGUCCUUUAGUCGAGAUUCUGGUCAUGGCGGUUCUGAACAAGAAGAUUCUCCCAAGGCUCAUACAACUGUUUUGACUAGUAAUUCACUGUUACGCCACAAAGAAAGGCCAAGUUACAUGACUGCUGCUUACUCUCAUUCUCAUCUUCAACCACAGUUGCAGCAUGUACAGGCAGCAACAAUGCAGCAUCGUAACAAACGACCGAAUGGUACCUCACGCGCUACAAGCCCUUGGAACCACACUUACACUGAAAUACGAGAGAGGGAGCAGAGAGUCCAUGAUGAUGACCCAGUGUAUGAGGAGAUAGAAAGGGAGCGUGCUGAAAUUCAAGUGAGCGAUAUGAGCGAUGAAGAUGGCCGAAGACAGAGCGAUAUGAGUCGACAAUCUUCAAGAAGCUACGGGGAUCAUCGGCCGUUGAUUCCCUAUAGCCCAGCUGCCGACAGAAAUUUUCACACUGCGUUCGACGCCGCUUUUAAACAGCGUCUAAAGGAGCAAGCUCAAAACAGAGCGAAUGCACAACAAGGUACUGUAGCAGUGUUAGACGGUGAAACAGUGGUGUGUCACUUGCAACCGGAAUAUACAACAAGGACUAUGUUACAGCAACAUCAACCUUAUAGCGAAUGUUAAUGUAAAAACUUUUAGAAAAAAAAUCAAUCCGCCUUAACUUAAAAUUAUUAUAAAGCUCAUGUUGGAAUCUCAUUUCACUGUGUUUAUAUUGUAAAUAUAUUUCAGCUUUGUAAAAUAAUAAAUGACACCUGUCAUGUGAAGACUUAUCCAGUGUAAAAAAAAAAUUUCUGUGACUUUUUAUAUAAUUCUAUUUGCUAAGAAUAAAUAUGAAAUGUAAAUUAAUAAAUAAUGCUCCUGUGAUGAUGCAAUCAUAGCUGUUAAAUAUAAAGCAUCACUACCUUAAGACUGUUGUAUAAUAAAAUUAUCCAAGAAGAAUAUUAA